UUCUUUGAGAUUAGCCUUCAAUACGAGUAAAAAUGAACCCACAUCAACGAUAAUUUUUAGAUAAUAUUGAAAGCUUAAAUGGAAAUUUACAAAAUCCUAAUUCAACCAUGUUCCAUCGACUUCUUUUAUUCGCUACCAUUUUCCAAUUGAUAAACAGUCAAUACGAUAAAGAGAAAGACGAAUGCAGAAAUAGUUCGGAAACAUGCACGCCAAAUCCAGACGAUAUAAUAGACACCCAGGAAGACUUGCCAUGGGAAGAACGAGUCAACAUGGCGACCAGAUUCUUCAACCAUAAGCUUGUUCCAGAUUUGAUAGGUUUACCUCCACGAUCUAGAUGUCAUGCCUGGUUUCCUGGAUUGCUUAAACCUGCCAGAGUUGUGGUAGGGGGUGAAUUAGCCCGACGUGAUUUAUUCUAUCCACCGCAUAAUAUGAGUUGGAAGUAUAUUCCCGAUCAUUUAUACACCGUGUUCCUAACAACUCCAGAUUUUACAACAACUACUAAUUUUACCAAUUGGAGACAACUUCAUCACUUGCUCUUGAUCAAUGUGAAAAAUUGCUAUAUAGAUACAGGAGACAUUGUUCUAGAUUAUUUGAUACCUCAAAUUGUAAGAGCAGCAGGAUACACUCGAUACGCUUUCUUAGUUUACGAACAACCUGACCGAAUUCCUGUGCCACAGAUUAAAAGAAAUGGAUUGAAUGCGACUUUCACUCUCAAACAAUUCGUGCAAAAACAUAAUUUGGGAAAUCCGAAGUUUGGGAAUUAUUUCUUUAUAUAUUACGAAUAGAGGUUUUUGAAUUGUGAUCGAUCUCAUGAGAACUGGAGCUUAAGUAAACAGGAAAGCAUGUCUGAGAAAUAAGGAAGGAAACGACUUAGGUAUUCAAUUCAAACUUUCCAAGUUUUUGGAAGUACAUACCUAAUCAUUUGGGAAGAUUGACAAGUAUUUUGAACGAAGAAAUGCAGGAAUUGUUAUCCUGCUGAGUCCGUGUUAUACUUUAGGUACAAUGACCUUUUUUUGGUAAUUUUAUAAAUUGGAAUAAAACAAAUUUCAAUUUUGUUCUUUUUCACUCAUCUUAAAAGCAUCGCCAUUCAUCUCUAUACCAAUAUUAAAAUAGGUAUCAUUUAAAAUUACGAACUCGAAAAAGAUAUUAGCCUAUGUAUUUUACAUGUUUGAGCUUUUAAAAUAAAAA